AUGGGAGACAGAGGUGCUGCUGAACACAUGGAAGUUGGUCAGAGAUGUGUUGUAGAUGGAAACACCGGUGAAAUCGCGUUUCUUGGCUCCGAUCUUCCAGAUCUCCCAUCUGGAAUGUGGGUCGGAGUUGUGUAUGAUCAGCCAGUAGGCAAGAAUGACGGAACUAUCAAGGGGAAGAAAUAUUUCAAGUGCCAGAAGAACCAUGGCCAUCUCGUGCGCCCGGACAAGGUCAAGGUCCUCUAUGCCGAGACAGCGUUGCUGGGGAGAAAGGCGACGGCUGGUCAUGCCUCCCGCAGCCACGCGCUCAACGACAACUACAUGGAAAACUUUCACGCCGCAUACGCCCUGCUGAGUGGCGAGACGCCCGAGGCGGCAAAGCAGCAAAACGCUGAAGGAACUUUGCUGGACCUGAGCGACCGCCCCAACACUUGCAUCAGCGUCUGGGGAGGUGAAGCAGUCAUCGGCUCUACCGAUCACGCGCUCUACGGCAUCGACCUAGUCAAGCAGAGGAAAUCGCGAACCCUCUACACCAAGACCCACGGCCACACUGAGUGGGUCACCUGCGUCUCCCAUACCGCAGAUGGCCGCGUCCUCUCGGGGGGUAUGGACGGGAAACUCUGCUUGUGGAACAAAGCUGGAGCUCAAUGCUCUGAUCUGCAAGGACAUUCGGCAAGCAUCAGUGACAUGAAGGCAGUGCAGAGCGACGGAGGUGGCAACUUCGCCUUCACCUCGAGCUACGACAAGACGGUGUGCGUGUGGGACCUGAGCAAACAUGCCAGUCGAGCCCUUGCGUCUUCGCUGAAAGGGCACUCGGCACCGGUUCUCUGCAUGGCUGUGGUGCGAGCAAGUGAGGAGGAGGCGGAGACGAGCAGCCUUGUCUCGGGGGACAGAGACGGUGUCGCCAUGUUGUGGGACGUGGAGGCGAACAAGUCGAGGAGAAUACCGGGACAUGGCGGGCACAUAACAAGCCUGGCAUGGCUUGACGGCAAUACCUUCCUAGUAGGAGCACAGGAUGGCAAAGUGAAGGUAUGGGACGUGAGAGAGGAGCGGUUUAUCCAUCAGAUUGCAGCACAUGUUACCCAGCAAGGUUCGGGCGCCGUAGGAAACAUCGUCGUCAGGAGAACCUCUCCCAACAUGGCUACGACAGACGUGGUAACUGCCGGAGCAGACUGCCGGGUUCAGGUUCUUGACGCAAGGAGUGGGUUUCAGCCAAGGUUCACCUUCACAGAGCACAAGUUCAACCUCGAGGACUUCAUAUACUCUCUCGCCAUGGCUGGAAGUAUCAUUCUUAGUGGAGCUGGUGACGGAAUGCUGCUCGCCCACGACGUAGAGACAGGUGCCGUCUGCUGGGGGUUGGGGGCGAACAAAGCUGCGGUUCGUUGCAUCGCAUCAGCUGAGGUGAUGGCGGGGAAGUCAACCAGCGAGGUAAUUGACCGCACAGUCGGGCCUGAGAUCUGAUUCACAUGAAACAGCUGCUGGUCACAUCGGGGGAUGACGGGAAGGCACUCCUGUACAACUUCACCUGACUUAGCCGUUUGAACUUCUUUGUUGCUUCUAGUAGCGAUCAACACGUGCUGCUCUUUCCCUUGGUCGACCUCGAACUCAAGUGACUCUCCCUACCGAGCCGCUGCCAGCAGGGAUGUCCAACCCAGAAACAAUCGCGGUGCCUGCUCCAACACUGUCCCACCUCUGCCUCCUCUUGCCUUGCUUUCCCUUUGACAACGAUUGUUUCGGAGACGCGAGAAGGGGUCAUGAUGUGUUUCUUUGCAUGCUUUCACGUUCAAACGAAUCUGAAAAACGCGUGAGGCUUCGCUGCUUGAAUCUUUGACUGUGAAGCAGCGACCCUUGCUGCCCGCUGCCUUGUAAGUGUGCUCAGGGGUUUGGAUUCAAAUUCUGGGAGGGUAUUCCAAUCUUUCCCCAGCUAGCUGCGACCACUUGCGGCAGGGAGGUGGGACCCUUGAGCUUGGUUCCUUUGAUGUUGGCGUAAGAGAAACAGACCUGAUCCUCUCCCCUGCUUGUCUGCGGCAGUCCUGUCGUGGCUGGGGGGAACACGGCG